CAGAACAUGCGCAUCAGAUGUCUGAGUGGAGACACAUACUACAGCAAAGCAGGCAAGAAAUUUGCAGGCCAGGUUCUGGAGAAGUUUAUCCUGAUUGAUUGUGAUCAAGUUCUUGCUGGUACAUACAGUUUCACCUGGCUUUGCAGCCAAGUCCACACCGGUCUGGUGACUCACUUCCGCGGUCAAAUUGUUGCAGAGUUUGACAAGGAAUUCCGGUACUUGUAUGCAGAGUCCAGAGCAGUGACCAGCUUCUGCCUGCCAGAUCCUGGAACGUGCCCCUCUUCCCAGAAUACCUCCAAAAUUGCCAACUCCCUUUUAAAACCCCCUCAGGUGAAUGAUGCUGAAACCUCGAGCCCCUCCAGCAGCCUUUCCAAUGUAAGCAUCAAAAGCGUAAAAAUGUCUCCCUUUAUGAAAAACUCCAGCUGCAACGUGCACCAGGAAAAGCAAGAUUCAGGCUCCGAUUCUGGUAAUAAGAAGGGGAAGGAGGACACAUCUCUGAAGCCCGCUUGCCCUAAGCAGCAAGGAGAACCACCAGACUCACUGAACAGUCCUCCAAAUAAAUCCACCCCAGCCUUGUAUCACAAAUCAAAUUUAAUGCCAGGAAGGACAUUCUUGCAGCCGGAGCCUUCCCCUGCCCUGAGCUCCAAUAAACCCAGUUACCACGGGGCCAGGAAGGCUGACGACAGCAGCCACGGCUCCCCGCUAAGGCAGGAGCAGACGCUGCAGUCCCUUUCAGAGGGUGCCAGCAGCAACGGGACGAGCAUGAAGCAGAAAGGGGCUGCUGCUAACUCCGGGGAACCGACGGCAGAAAAUGUCAAUGCUUUUUAUGAGAUGGAAAAAAGACAGAGUCCCGGACACGGAAAAUUGGACCUGGUAUCCCCAUACAACCAGCUCAAACGAGAUCAAAAACCUGUAGUUCCUUGCGAUGAUAAACUCACGGAGGACAUGCUGAUGGAAAAGAACAGCAGAUACGGGGCUGAGAAAAGACUGACUCUCGGGCACAGUAAGCUGGAUCUGAUCACCAAGUACAAUAAGUUAAAAUCUAAACACAUACACAGUCGGUUCGAGCUCUGA